AUGUGUUCGGUGCAGCCGUUUUGCUCCAGCACGCAGCCGGUGCGAGAUGGCAAACGGACGUCUUGCGCGCUGAUGGUCGGUUCUGUCAUGGCCGCGGCUAGCGCCAAGUGCCGGUACUUGCUUGGACUUUCCUUCUUCGCCUUUCCUGCGCUGGUGUCGGCAGCCUGCUUUCCAGACGACUGUGCAUCCUGCACGCAGGCCGAGUGCAAUUUGGAGCCUGGCUGUUUGGAUAUCUACCCUGGUAACUUCGAGACAAGCUGUGUAUCGUGUCCCAACACAACGUGUUUGAGUGAUGGCGGUUUGGAUGUCACUGCCGGGUGCAGUGAUGGCAUCAACGUGCUGGUAUCCCUCACGAUGGGUCUCAUUGGUGGCUUGUUUGCAGCAGGGAUGCCGUGCAUUUGUUUGAGCAUCCGCUCGCAAGAGCUUUGGGCAGCCGAGUUCCUCGACGAUCGCAACACAGAGAUGCGGAGAGUGCGUGGUGUCAUCAAGGACAAGAAGAAUGUAGACAAGAGGGGUGGUCAUGCCUUUUCGGUCAUCGUUGAGUUCGUCGCGGAGGAUUUAGAGCAGCAGCAGGUCCCCGUACGGGCGCACUGCGCCUCUCAGCCCCAGUUCUGGAGCAAGACGAAGGUUGGGGGCGAGGUUGAGAUAGCGUAUCGCGCCGGCUUGGAGCGCGAUUUCGUAAUAGUGGACGACCUUUUGACUUACCUGAUGGAUACCUCAUCGAAGUAUAUUCUGUGCAUAUGUGGAGGAUGUUUUCUUGUCUUGGGGGUUGCUGCUGGUGUGGCAUCAUGGCCAGUCACGGGCUGCUUCGCUGGCAUAAUUCCGUUGAUGUUGCUUAUGGUGGCUGGCUCUGUUGCUGGGCAUUUUUUUCUGAAGCACUUUGCGCAACACAUCACGCAGCGCCAUUACUUCGUGAACACUGGCUCGAGCGUGAGCCCGAAGGGCAGUGAAUCCUCGGACACAUUGCAGUGA